GAAAGCUGUGAAGCUGUUCUUCACACCUGAAGAUACAGAUGACCCUGUAAACAAUGCAAAAAGAUACUUUCUUCAAACUGAAGAUGCAAAGGGUGCACUCGUGAUGUUGCCAGAAUAUAAAGUGAGAGAGAAGAUGUUGCUACGAGCUUUAAAUCGCUAUGGUGUAAAUCAUGAAGGUUGUACCAAAGGAUGGCUCAAUAUUCCUCAUUCCAUGCGCAUAUUCUAUAUCCAUGCUUAUAGCAGUAAAAUUUGGAAUGAAGCAGCAUCAUAUAGAAUGAAGAUAUAUGGUUCAAAAGUUGUUGAGGGUGAUCUUGUCUUCUCAGAAGAAAAUGAUGAAAGUGUUUCCCUGAAUGACAAGGUUCAUGUAGUCACUGCUCCAGAAGAAUCAGUUAACAAAUACUCUAUACACCAGGUGGUUCUUCCAAUGGUGGGACAUAGUAUCAAGUAUCCCAGUAAUAAAGUUGGGCAAUGGUACCAUGAAAGACUUUCUAAGGAUGAGCUGCACAUGUGCAAAUUCAGAGUGUUUCCAUUACAGCUGAAUAUACCUGGAUGCUACAGACCCAUUUUGAAAAAUGUUCAGAAUCUGUCAUAUUUUUUGGAAGGUAGUGAAAAAGGAAUUGCAAUUGAAGACAACAAUCUGAAUGAAUCAAAAGUCUCUCUUCAUAUAUCAUUUGACCUUGAUCCUUCAUGUUAUGCAACAGUCUGUCUGAGAGAAAUAAUGAAAUGUGACUUUUAAGAUUCCAGUUAAUGAAAGAUUGCAGGAAUAUUAUACAAUGGUGAUAUCUUAUGUAUAAUGCCAAGA